AUGGAUCCACAGAAUCUGUAUAUGUCGGAGGGAACGCGCGCUGACAUCAAGGCACUCCAACAGCAGCUGACUAACGACCCGGUCAUGCUGCUGAACAGCAUCGAGCGCCUUCCUAGGCUUGUCCGUCGCUACAUUCUUGUGUUGGAGAAUCGAGUCAAUGCGAGGACCGAGUGCGAACGUGACUUCGUCGACUACGUCUACGUCCAACUGAAGCAGGCCGUGUUCGACCUUCCCCGGGCUCGCGAAACUGGCGAGAAUUUAUGGAACGUGUUCAUUCGUUACCUCUUGAUUGUACAUUUUACGGACCAGGUUUUGAGCUUUUUUAAAGAUAGGCUACUGAAGAAACCUUCUGUGACGCGGUGGACGAGUGAUGGGUUCAAGAUCGAGAUGUGGUUUCUCAAAGACAAGGAGAAGAAAGUUAUUAAGGCGUGGUGGCGCGGGAAUAGUCGAUUGCGCUCCGAUGCGCAGACAACGGAUGAUCAAUCGGAAGAGGAAGAGGAAGAAGAGGAGGAAGAGGAAGAGGAAGAUGACGAGGAAGAAGAAUGUUAUUCGGAGGUUGAGUCGCCACUCCUUAUCGCACCAUUGCGGCUACAGCCCAACAAGCCCGUUAGCAAUGAUCAACUACGCGGGCGACCUUCGCGGGAGCAGAGUCAGCCCGACCCGGCAGGCUCCACCAGGCCCAAAUCCGCGGCCACGGUCGCCGCACCGAGGCACCAGUCCGCCGUAGCCGAGCCGUCACCACGCAGUCGAACGCAGAAAGAGCAGCAAUCCGACCGAGAAUCCACCCGCGAACACGAAGCUCAACCGAACUUGGAGCCGGCCUUGAGUCGUCGACGCCGCAACAAAUCACGCUUCCAGAACGGUGAUCAAUCUGCGCAACACCAUCGUCCGAGCGCACCACCGUCCAAUCCUAACGCACGCGACGAGCAGCAUACUCCCCACGUCGAGGAAACCCACAACAGAUCACGCCACCGUCGUCCGCGACGCCGACGCCAUCCCGCGGCGCAGCCUGACCCCAAACGUGAAGAGGACUCCGAAUCGGAAUCGGAACCUAUGCCGGAACCUACACCGACACCUACCGCCGUGCGCAUUGCACCGCCAUCUCGGGCAGAGGCUCGUGCAAAGAUUCGCAACAAUACCCAGGCACAUCGCCGCCCCCGUGAACGACAGCCCAAAGCUGACGGCCCCUCCAUCAUUGCCACGCCGGAACCGGAACCGGCACCGCAGCCGCGUGGUCCUGGUAAUAAAUUGCGUCGCCGACGCCGCAGAGCUGAAGCAUCAAAGCUUCAACCCAAGAAUGAGCCCUUAGAAGAUGACGCAUUGGAUUCAGACGGUGAAUCCAAGACCGACCGCACUGACACCGCGAGCCCGCAUCCGGUCCAGUCACCUCCUACGACUCGCCAGCAAUUGGCGCCGCGCCGUCGCCCACGCGAGCGACAGUCCAAACCUGAAGGCCACCUCAACGACGCCGCACCUGGACCCGACGUACGGACCCGGUCAGGAAGAAGCCGAUCACGCCGCCGCCGCCACGUCGCUCCUACGCCGCAGCCCGCACCGGAGCCACAACCUGACUCCGAAUCAGACUCGGACGAUGAAUUCCUGAAUGGCCGUUCCCCCGCGAUGCAUCCGCCGCCAUCGCCUGCUCGCUCCGCCGGUGGCUACCGGUCGCCGAAGCAGGAAGUAGACCCUAGGACCGAGGUCUACAAUUCAUUCAAUUUCACACUGCACGAUCCUCCUCACCCCGCCGGGCCCCUGUUGGCGGUCUACGAUCACCGUAAAGCGUCCCGCCAGAGACAGGAGAACCAUAUACCUGGGCCGCGUGGGCCUCAGUCUCUCGCACAGGCCAGGGAUCCGUCCAAAAUGCGUGAAAAUGCAAUCGUCGCCAUCAAGAAACGUGACCCUCCGGUGCCGCAGCAACGAAAGGAGCGAUGGGAGCUCCCUCAAAAGGCUCACGGAACACCCUUGUCCGUUCAGCAUCGCGAAACCCUAGUACCUAACGUUGAGCCCGCGCCGAAGGCUGCACCCAAGCCCAUCGCGGGACCAACCGUUUACGAAUCCCCGCAUCCACACCCACAGAUGCAGAUGGGAAAUACACAGGCCAUGCGUCCCUUCGCAUCCCCAAACAAUGUGCCGCAGCCGGUGCCGGUGUCUUACGGACACCUCCCUUGGGAGGCAUCGGUGCCGCAGCCCCAGAAAAUUACAGCAUACUAUGCUUCCGUCAUGUACAGCCCUGAUUCCAGAACCGUCGCUGCACAUCAAGGACCGGUAAGCUAUGGUCCGCCUGCUCGGCAACAUGCUGUUCAGCAGCCCCAGUUGAUGGCAAUUCAAACCGGUCCGCGUGUUCAAUCCCAGUCGAACAGAAUUCCACUUGGCCAGCAUGCUCAGCCCCCUUGGGGAAUCCACCAAGCACGGGUACAUCCGGCCCAUUACGUGCCCGAUUCGGACUGCCACUCCAUCUCCACACCUGCCCGUUCUACCACCUCCAAUUAUUCUCCGCCUGGCCCUGCAGUAUCCUCCGUCACGUCUCCGCCUGGCCCUGCGGUAUCCUCCGUCACGUCCCAGCCAUCAGAAGCUCCGGCGCCCAGGCCGUCGAAAACACAGGCAACCCAGGCCCCCAAAUCCUAUCUAGCAACAUUGCAUAAUCUAUCUGAAUCACCCCCGCCCAAUCCCCCCGCCGGUCCGCCGGCCAAACCACAAGCUCUCGAACAUCUUGUCCCCAACCGCCUCACCAACCACCCCACCUCCCCGCAACCGCAAGCCACCCCCACUUCCAACAAACCCUUCGUCAGCCUCUUCGGCGGACCCGGCCUCGACGACCCGGCCAAUGCCGCACCCGCCGCCGCGCCCGAACCCGGCGACGAUCCCUCGCGCGAACCUCUCAGAAGCGUGUACUUCUCGGAUACCGCGCUGCAAUGUGGGUGGCAGCAGUUCUUUGCGGUCUAUCGCGGUAGACGGCCGGGGGUGUACGGGACGCCCGACGAGUUGGCGGCUCAGAUUAGGGGAUUGCCGAAUCCGGUUUUUCGCCGGUUCGAGUGCUUGGGCGACGCCCAGAUGUAUCUGCUCGGAAGGAAAUAGGGAAUAGUGGUGGACAAGAUGGGGGUGAGACGGGAAUCGGUAACGAAAACGAGGGUGCGUGGCGCUUGAUAUUCUUACGGUUUACGGGCGAAAAAGGGCUGUUUUUACGGUUGUUUGAAGUGUUUUUGCUUCUACGGAUGACUGGUUUGUUGGGUUUGUUGGGUUUGGCUGAUAUUAUCUACGUGUUGAUAUCUAUCAUUGAUGGAUGAUCCAUGAGGUAUCUGCAUUUGAAGCCUCUAUUCCAUGGUUGUUCGAGGUGUUUUUGUUUCUACGGUUGGUUGGGUUGCUGGGUUGGGUCGUUAUGUUAUUAGCUGCGUGUUGCUACAAAGAAAUAUCAAUGAUUGUUCAUGAGGUGGCUUGCAUUUGCAUUUGCACUCUCCAUCCAGUGGAUUAUAGAUCAUAGAGGG